AGGUGGUGAACGACUGGAAGUUCGCAGCAAUGGUUGUGGACCGACUGUGUCUGCUGGUGUUCACGUUGUUCACGGUGAUUGCCACAGUCGCUGUGCUUCUCUCGGCCCCGCACAUUUAAUAACGUGGCUCCAUGUAUCCCGCAGGUGAGGAGCGACUGGAAGUUCGCGGCGAUGGUGGUGGACCGACUGUGUCUGAUCGUGUUCACGCUGUUCACAAUGACUGCCACAGUCGCUGUGCUUCUUUCGGCCCCGCACAUUAUCGUUCCCUAAUAAUUAAGCGGCCGGCAGACGUAACCGGGGGCGGCGAAGUGGCCCCGCGCACCGAAGCGGUGCUCGCGGCCACGUCGCCGCCCCGGCCGGAAUUUUUGUGGUCUGUCUGCAUCAUUCCAGCCCGUUGUCUCCGGCUGCCCCGCCCCGUCGGCCGCGAGGGCUCCGCGUGGACCCUCGGCCGCGAGAGGUUGGCGACCUUCCUUGUUCUGGUCACGAUGCUUCCAUAAGUGCCAAAGGGGCGGCCAGAGCCGCGCACGGCUCACGGCGACUGUGUGUCACACCCUCGCUCAAGCCCACCCACGCCCUCUUGAUACCGCAGCGACCCGCCCACGCUGUCGGACCACCACCAUCACCCCGCCGCCGCCACCACGCGCCGCAGAAAGUGCGUAAAUAAGUGAACAGCCAAGACACGCGGCCCGCAAGGGCGAGAGGCCGAGGCUCGCAGCUCGCAACAUGGACUUGCCGCAGCGACGUCGGACUGCUGCUCUGAUGCGCUGUCUGGCCUUGGCUGCAUGACGGGCCGCAGCGACAGCAGCAGCAGCAGCAGCACGGCGGGCCGUUGUGCUGCAGUGUGGCGGGCCACAGCUGUAGCAGCAGCAGCGAGGCGCGUGUGGGUCGCCGCGCAGUGGUGCCCCGAGGCCGCCGGCGCCUCCUCUCGGAAUGGCGCUUCUCAGUUCUGGGUUUUCCAGUGUACUAUUUUAGCCACAUGAGUUAUACGCCCUACGAAGAAGAUAGAAAAAGCAUAUAUGCGCCAGCUGUACGCCAAGCGCAGACACGUUUGUCCCCUUGCUCAUGCGUCAGUAUUAUGUGAUUCUGAGGUUACUGUAAGCAUCAAAUAAUUCAAUACAAAUACGUCUUUACUCAAACAUUUUUAGCGCAUCUUCCUUUUUUUUCUCUUAAGCUGUUAAUGAAGUCUCGAAGAAAGGAGUCUCAUGCAAUAAUCUAUCCUUGCCCGGGCCGAAGGGAGCGUGACUCCGUUGGACUCCGGAAGGAAGCAGCAGCAGCAGGAGCAGAGGCACGAAAGGCGACCCUCGUCCGCUCUCGAAACAAGUCACCAACGAACACCCUUCCCCGGACCCCCUGACCCUUGACCCCUUAGGCAGCCAGGGGGUCACGCGCCCAGCCCUCCCGGACGCAACACUUUAAGGGAAAAAAGAC